AUGACUGGUUUGGGUGAUGAUGGGCAUAUUGGUCUCUUUCUUCAUGAUAGAAUCUUUCGAAUUUUAGAUUCAUUCGCUUAUUAUCCUCGAACUAAUAAGUUAAACUGCGAAUCGAAUAUAAAGGCUGGUUUACAGCAAGAUAUCACUCAAUUUCAUAAUAAAAUCCGAUCAAAACUUGCGCGCGGUGAUUUUGAUGGAUAUGAAAGUGGAACAGACAUAUAUACAAUGAGAUGGGAUUGUGAUUUAGAAAAAUUAGCGCAAGAAAGAGCGAACAGUUGUACAAGCGAUAGAGAAUUGGAUCAGUUUUCUGAUAAAAUCGGAGAAAUCACUCAUCGAUUGCUUGCUAAUGAAUCAAAAAAUAAUGGUCAUUAUUUCGAAGAGGCGAUGGAUUACUGGUCAAACACGACUGAAUCUUUGAAUCAGAUUAUAUCUGGUGAAACACUUCUGGUCGGUUGUGGUAUAAAUGAGUGCCAAAAAGUUGUUAGGAAAAGAAUGGUGCACGAAAUCGUGCGAGAAGAUAAAUUGUAUAAAGCUGGACCAUCGUGCGAAACAUGGCAGGAUUGUACUGUUUAUAACGAAUCGGUUUGCUAUUCGUAUACGAAAUUAUGCGAUUCAUAUAAUGAGGCCGAAAUAUAUGAUACGUUCCACACUUUCCUCUUAUCAAAUAGCACAAUUAAUUUUCCUAAUUUAGAAGAGCAUUCAGCAAUAUCAUCGCUUCUCGGAAAGGAUUCACGUGGAAAUGCCAAUGGUAGUGAUAACAAUUAUGUCACCGCAUCAUCAUGUAGUAAAAUUAUGAGCGAUAAUAUGCGCAGUGAUAUACUUUUUGGUCAUAAUAUAAUUCGAUCUCAGUUAGCGAAUGGCGACUUCAAAUUUCUUCCAUCUGGGUCGAAUAUUUAUGCAUUGAAAUGGAGUUGUGAGCUGGAAAGAUUAGCACAACAGUACGCAGAUAUUUCUGUAGAUACUUGUAAAAUAUCGCGAAAAGAGGAUAUUCAUGUACCAUUUGAAACUGGUCAGAAUAUUUUUAAAGUUAGAACCAACGGAAGCUUCACAGCAGGUAAUUGGUUUGGUGAGGCACUGAAUUUCUGGACGAAAGAAACCAGAGAAAGUAAUAAUGUUGUGCAGAUUUUGUAUGGGAAAACCUUGUUACUCGGCUGUGGUAUUCGUAAAUGCCCGGAAUCGGAGAUUGCUGUCGUUUGUCAAUAUUGGCCCAAAGCGAUAGCUGGUCCUUUAUAUGAACAUGGUUCAUCUUGUAAGGCGAACGGUCAUUGCAAUGCUUACAACCAAUCAUCUUGUCAUCAUGAGACGGGCUUAUGCCAGAUUCCGGAUGAUGACUGCAAUGGCACAAAGAUUCUUAGCAUUUAUCGUUUCCUAUUGAUGAAAAAACAUGAGGAAUAUCGAAAAAAUGCUGCGAAUGGUAUUGUCAAUCUUCGUAAUUUCGAGUUCAUUGAAGAAGAUUUUUCUUUUAAAUUGGAUUGGAACUGUGAAUUGGAAAGAAAAGCUCAAAGGGAAGCUGAAAAAUGUGCUGAGCCUCCUCGCGAUGCAAAACACAAAUAUUAUAGAACGAUCGUUUAUAAUUUCGAUUUUGACAAUUUGGCUACUUCUUUGGAUAAAAAAAUUGAUCAUGCAAUUAGUAGUUGGUGGGGGAAUGCAAUGGAUAACGAUAAUGACAAUAUUGCACGACUUGAAGCCACAGAAAUAGGUUGUGGUGUUGCAUCAUGUAUUGAUGAAAGUCUUCAAAUGGUACUUGAUAUUAUCUGCCGCUACUGGCCAGUGAGCGACCCAAAUCAUCUUUAUAGUUAUACGAUCAGUUGUGCACGAGAUGCAGAUUGCAGUUCGUUACCUAAUUCAUUCUGUGAUGCUAAUUUAGGAACAUGCGUGGAAGCAGAAGCUAGAAAAAAAUCUUCUGUAAAGAAAAACCUCGAAUAG